CCUUGACAUCUGAGGAUAAAGAUGAAUAGGAUGGAGAUGAACCUAUCUCCCAUGUAUCUGUGCAUGCAAUAAUUGGAGCUCAUGAUUACAAAACUAUGAGGCUGAAGGGUUCAUCUAGAGGGAAGAGUAUUAGGAUAUUGAUUGACAAUGGAGCCACUCAUAAUUUCAUAGAUAUUGAAACAGCCAAAUUACUGGGAUGUAAACUGGUGGAAUCUAAACCCUUCUCAGUUACAGUAGCAGAAGGAAACAUGUUGAGAAGUCAGUACAAAUGCACUGCUUUUGUAAUGCAUGGUGUGGAGUUUACAGCAUAUGUGAUGACAUUACCAUGGGGCACUUGUGAUCUAGUGUUGAGAAUACAAUGGCUAGCAACCUUGGGAGACAUAAUUAGCAACUAUCAAGAGCUCAAGAUGGAAUUUAAUUAUGGGGGCAAGAAGGUGAUGCUUAGAGGCCUCCAUCAGAAUAAUGUUAAGGUGGUUUCCAACAAAAAGCUUAACAAGAUUCUGCAGAAUCCUUCACAGAUUACAUACCAAUGCAUUGGAACAAUGCAAGAAUGUGAGGAGUAUGGAAGAGCUGAGGGGGAAUCAGCCACCAUUGAAGCAAGCUUCCAGUCCUUACCACCUAAUAGAUCACAUGAUCACAUAAUUCAUUUGGAGGGAUGAACUGAAGCGGUAAAUGUGAGGCCUUACAGAUAUCCCACUGUUCAGAAGACUGGGAUUGAGAAAAUAGUAGAAGAACUACUGCAAUCAAGAGUAAUUAGACCUAGUUCUAGCCCUUUCUCUUAUCAUGUGGUGUUGGUAAAGAAGAAGAAUCACACUUGGAGGAUGUGUGUAGAUUACAUGGAGUUGAAUAAGCAUACUAUCAAGGACAAAUUCCCUAUUCUAGUGAUUGAGGUACUUUUGGAUGAAUUACAUGGGGCUAGUGUUUUCUCCAAACUUGAUUUAAGAUCUGGCUACC